UGUCAACACAGACAGCUCGCCUGAAGCUCAUUCACCUGGACUCACCUGUGCAGGUGAGCAGUGAUUGACAGGCCAUGCACCAAUCACUGUCUAGUGGGCGGGGUCAUGUGAGCGUGCUCGGUUGUUUCCCGCCCUCUGUGGGCAGAGAUGUUGCUGUUGCCAUAGUGAAGCCCCUGAGAGCUGGCCUGGGAAAUCCUGACACCCGCAGUCUGCUGCGCACAGACAGACAGGUGAAGUGGACGAUGGAGGUGUUGUGCUACGGUUUGACUCUCCCAUUGGACGGUGACACCGUCAAACUCUGUGUAGACGUCUACACUGAUUGGCUGAUGGCCCUGGUUUCCCCGAGAGACUCCAUCCCUCCUCCAAUCAGCAGACAGCCCAACCUGUACACCCAGAAGAUCCUCCGAAGCCUGUACAGCCUGUUCCUGUCCAGGUCGGACCAGGGGAGUCCGGUCUACAUAUCUCUCUGUCAGCAGGUGUUGUGUGCAGUUCAGUCCUUGGCCAGAGACAGCGCUGUGAUGAGCAGAGACACCUGGGAGACUCUACUGAACUUUCUGCUCUGCGUCAAUGACACCAUGCUUGCAACAGGCGACGUGUCGGAGCAGCUGUCUCACCUGUCGAUGGCUGUGCUGUUUGAGGUCUGGUUGCUGUCUUGCUCUCGGUGUUUUCCGUCUCACUCUCUGUGGCAGACGGGCCAACAGAUGUUGAGCAGCUGCAGACAUCAGGCCGCAGUGGUGGAGCAAUGGAGCCGAGUCAUAGCCGCCCUGACCUCCAGGUUGUUGCUGUUGACCUUCGGUCCAUCCUUCCCGCACUUUAAAGUCCCAGAUGAAGACGCUGCUCUAAUCCCUGAAGACAUGGACGAACACAUAGUCCCUCAGACCUGGUUCAGGUUCCUGCACCUGCUCAGUAACCCGGUGGAUCUCAGUCGCCCCGUCGUUGUUGUUUCGACUCCUUCCUCCCAUGAGGAGGCAUCAAGAGGAGACAGUCAGCUGCCAAACAUCUUCUUCAGAGCCAUGAGAGGAGUCAGCACGCUGGUCGACGCCUUCCUGGGUGUGACUGUGGUCAACAAAGAACCAACAGAGCAGCUUCUGCCAAGCACUGGACUUACAACAAGGAUCCAUUUCAGAGACCGGUUGCCUUCUCUCGGCGUUGCUGUGACCAGGAGUUCAGUUCUUGUCCUGGCAUCUUCCUCCCCCCAUCACUGGAAGUUGUCCUCACCUCCUCACCCCUCCCAACCCCCUCUGUGCUCCUCCCCCAGACCCUCCCCGUCCCCACUCAGGUGUAAUGUGGACUCCCUCCUUCACCUGUUCGGUGACUGGCUGUUUGAUGCUGCUCUGUUCAACAGAGAUUCUGGCCUGCCCAGUCAGUGUGAUGUCACUGUGAUGUCAGCGAGGUGGGCGGCUGGUAGAGCCGAGGCCUGCGGGACACUUUGCAGGAUCUUCACCUGUAAGAAAACUGCAGAGGACAUCCUGUCUGUCUACCUGUCCAGGUUCUACCUGGUUCUCCUUCAGGGUCUGCAGGUGUCGGAGGAAGUGUGUCCUCCUGUUCUGGCCUCCAUCCUGCUGAACUCCACCUGUCUGUUCUGCUGUGACCUGAAAGGAGUCAACCUGCUGCUUCCCUCCUUCAUCUCAGCUGUGGAGAAAGUGCUGCUCGACAGAGACCUGUUGAUGUUUAAAGGUUUUGUGAGUCCGGUGGAUUUAAGGCGAGCCUCCAUCCUGGUCCUGCUGACCAUGCUGCCCCUCCCUCUGCAGUUUGGAUCCGUCCGAUCAGAGGUGUUAUUGGACGGGCGGUUCAAUGGUGACGAUGUCACAGGAGGUAGCUUCCUGUCUCUGAAGCCCCGCCUCAUCGGUGUUCUGAUUGGAGCUCUGCAGACGGAGACAGACACCUCCAACACACAGAUAAUACUCGCGGCCAUGUUGAACCUGGUUCAGGACUCGGCUCUGAUAAAGGCUGCAGGACAAACUCAGCAGGAAACGGAGUCCCAGCAAGGUGGAGCCAGAUGGACCGGGGGAACCAGUGGACCCAGUGGACCCAGUGCAAAUAGAUGGACCAGAGGAACCGGAGCCGUCCAGUCAGACGCAGCAGGGAUCCUGUGGGUUCAGUUUGUGCGUCUGCUGACUCAGCGUCUGACGGCUCAGUGGAGGAAUGACUCAGCAGUUUGUCUCACUGCACUGGAAGUACUGGGAGGACUGGCUAAGGUGGAGGUGAGUGUGGAAGAGAGUGAGAGGAGGCGAGCCGUCACUUCAGUCUGUUGUUACAUCGUGUUUCAGUGCAGUCGUCCUCCUCCACUUCACUCCAGAGAUCUGCACUCCAUCAUCGUCGCUGCAUUCUACUGUCUGAACGUCUGGUUAUCUCAGCACCCCACCUUGCUCGACCACCAGGAGUGUUUGUUGGAGGUCUUGGAGAUCGUGGAACUGGGAAUUUCAGGCAGUAAGUCCAGACAGGAACAGGAAGUGAGGUGUAAAGAAAAGAAAGAACUGAACCCCGCCUCUCUGAGGGUGAAGGAGGCUGCAGAGGCCACGCUGAGCUGUGUUAUGCAGGUUUCGGGGGCCUUCCCAUCUCUCGGAGGCCUGCUGGGUGAGGACGCUGUGAUUGGCCACUCCAAUUUGAGUGACAGCAGUAUGAAGAACUUCAGAUAUUUUGUGGUGGACCGCUCGGUCAUCUUAUCCAUGCUGGAACAACCACAGGGACCUGAACAGGCGCCAUGUCCGUCACUCACAGUGCUGAUCAGAGGUCCGUCAGGAGGUCACACCUGGACUCUACAGCUCCACCUGCAACCCAGAGAGGGAAGAACAGAAACACAGCAAACCUUGAUCCCAGAGCAGCAUGAUGUGGCCCAGGAGGGUGCUGGGAUACGAUGUGGUUUUCAGCUGUUUCCUGAAAACAUUGACAGAGUUGCUUCAGUUAAAGUAGAUCUGAGUAUUCCAGCUCUGCAUGAGACCGUUACUGAGGAGGUGCAGCAGCAAUUGGACCGUCUGCAAGCAGCGUUGAAGCGGCAGCGACAGGUGGAGGCUCGGCCGCAGGUGAGCGGACGCUCAGUUGUCAUGAAGACCUGCAGGCCGCCGCAUCCAAUUACCAACUUCCAGACAGCGAGACUCUUCCUGUCCCACCUGGGCCUGCUGACACCUGAGACCUUGAAGAGUCCAGGUACCAGCGGUGUCCCAGCUCAGCUGGUGUCUCUGGACUCGUCACUUCCAGGUUUCUCUGAGGAUCUGAGACUUUUGGACCAGCUGCCAUCCAGAAACUGUGACUCCACCUUCAUCUUUUACAUGAGAGCAGGACAGAGGACAGCUGCUGAGAUUCUGAGGAAUGUAGAGUUCAGCUGCAGCGUCCAGUCUCACUUCCUGGACUUCCUGUGGUCUCUCGGUCGGCCAGUGGAGAUGGGGCGACUACGACAGGGGGGCGGGUUCAAUACCAACAGUUCAGAAUUCCCUGCUGUGCUAGGUGACAGUGGAGGGGGCGUUUUUAAUGGACAGAGGUUUGUCCUGAUGUACACCGACACUCUGACAGAGAUCACCUUCAUCGUACCCUCAUCAUCACACACGUCUGAUUUGUCGAAGAGUCCGGAGGAGGCGGAGCCUCCAACUGGGGUGCCAUCCAACCUGCAGAGUCUUUUUGAGCCCAGCAGAGACUCCACCCCCGAACCCCCAAGUUCUCCAGUUGAAGACUUGAAGUCUUUUCGUUUUGAGUUGUCGUCUGUUGGCUCUGAAUCUAAACUUCUGAUAGUCUGGGUCGAACGCUUCGAGGAUAUCGAGAGCUUCCCUCUAUCUGACCUGCUGUCGGGGACGAAGACCGAAACACCGACCAGUAUUUCAAACGUCCAGCUGAUCUUCGUCCAUCCUCUGAAGACCGGACUCUACCGGAUUCGUUUCAUUGGAAACACGACCAGCAAGUUCAGUUCGGUUGUCCCAUUGGUCAACGGGAGUGUGGUCAGCAAGAGGUCUUUGGGUUUCCUGGUCAGAGAGACCGUGAUCAACUGCUGCCAGCGGCGCCGGUUGGAGAGUGACUCUGCCCCUCCGUCCCAUGUCAGAAGAAAGCACAUGAUCAAUGACAUCAUCCUUCGUUAUCGCAGCCGCCGCUCUGAGCCCGCGUUUUACGCCGCCCUGUUCCAGGACCCCUGAACCCCCCCACCCUCCUGACCUUUAACCUCUCUGACCGACGUGUGAUCCUGUUGAUCCAGCCAAUCAGGAUCAACGGUUCCUGUCGCUAAAAAAGUUUUUUUGCGUGCGAUGAUGUCAUGGUGUUUACUGAGUGAUGAUGUCAGCUGAGUGGUGAUGUCACCUGAGAGGUUUUAAUAAACU